GGGGCCGCGCACUAGAUGUCAGCGGUGCCUCCAUCCAGCGCCCCUUUCGGGUGGUUUUUGAUUUGGGUUAAAUUAUUUAUUUCUUUUCAAUUCUCCCGGCCCCUCCCUCCCCGGGGCAGUGGGGCUGCGCCUCGCUCCGCGCCCCCCGCUCCUCCCUUCUUCGGCGCUGCGCGGCGGCGCAAUCCCGCCCCAGGGGCGGCCGGCGGUGCGGAGCGGUGCGGAGCGGUGCGGAGCGGAGGUUGCGCGGCGGCGGCGGCGCCGGGCGCGCUGCGGGGCUGCCCGGCCGCCGCGGGGCCGCCAUGCCCGCCAAGUCCAAGUACAACCUGGUGGACGACCGGCACGACCUCCGCAUCCCCCUGCACAACGAGGACGCCUUCCAGCACGGCAUCUGCUUCGAGGCCAAGCCUUUUCCUCCAGACUCAGCUGCCAACAUACAUAGGCAGCCUGGAUGUGCCACGGCCAAACAGCAGGGUGGAGAUUGUGACAGCCAUGCGGCGGAUCCGGUAUGAGUUCAAAGCCAAGAACAUCAAGAAGAAGAAGGUGAACCUCAUCGUGUCGGUGGACGGCGUGAAGGUCAUUCUGAAGAAGAAGAAGAAGCUUUUUCCCUUGCAGAAAAAAGAAUGGGCCUGGGACGAGAACAAAAUGCUUGUCAUGCACGAUCCCAUUUACAGGAUAUUCUAUGUGUCCCAUGACUCGCAGGACCUAAAGAUCUUCAGCUACAUUGCUCGGGAUGGGUCUAGCAACGUGUUCAGAUGCAAUGUCUUCAAAUCUAAGAAGAAGAGCCAAGCCAUGCGCAUCGUGCGGACGGUGGGACAGGCGUUUGAAGUCUGCCACAAGCUGAGCCUGCAGCACACCCAGCAAAAUGCAGACGGGCAGGAGGACGGGGACAGCGAGAGGAAUGGGGACGAUCUGGAUGUCCCAGCCUGCCGCCUCACUGCUGCAGAGCGGGCAGCCACCUCGGCCGAGGAGACUGACAUCGAUGCUGUGGAGCUGCCACUGCCUGGGGCUGACAUCCUCGACUUCAGCCGUGGAGUCACGGACCUGGAUGCUGUGGGCAAGGAGACCAGCGGUGACGCCAAGGGCUGCCUCCACCCUGAAGACAUCCUGACUGCUUCGCCCAAGAUGCUGCUGCCCUCAUCCGCCCCACUGCCCGACCUGGGCACACCUCUGUCUGCCCAUCACCAAAUGCAGCUUCUGCAGCAGCUCCUGCAGCAACAGCAGCAGCAGACGCAAGUGGCUGUGGCACAGGUCCACCUGCUGAAGGACCAGCUUGCUGCUGAGGCGGCGGCACGCCUGGAGGCACAGGCACGUGUGCACCAGCUCCUGCUUCAGAACAAGGACUUGCUGCAGCACAUCUCACUCCUGGUCAAGCAGGUGCAGGAGCUGGAGUUGAAGCUGGCAGGGAACAACACCACAGGCUCCCAGGACAGCCUGCUGGAGAUCACCUUCCGCUCCAGCGUCCUCCCCGUGCUCUGCGACCCGACCACCCCGCAGCCCGAGGACACCCACCUGCCGCAGCUGGGCUCCGGCUCAGGCUUCCCCAGUGCCCUGGGCAGCCCCAUAGGUAGGAACGACUGUCUGGUGAAGCUGGAGUGCUACCACUUCCUGCCGAGCUCGGGGUCGCAUGCCCCAGAGCCGGCGCUGGGCAGCCUGGAGCUCCUCAAGUUCCGUGAGUCGGGCAUCGCCUCCGAGUACGAGUCCAACACAGAUGAGAGUGAGGAGCGUGACUCCUGGUCCCAGGAGGAACCACCGCGCCUGCUCAAUGUCCAGCCCCAGCAGGACCUGGGCGACAGCCUGGAGGAUGAGAUCGCGGUGUAGGGGAUGGCAAGAGGUGGCACAGAGCAGCCGGGACCCCCAGGGAUGGCGGAGGGAGUGUGGGGCUGGAUGGCAGCAGGGGCCAGAGCUAGGCAUGGUGCGUGAUGCUGCCGUGCUGGCAGUUCCCUCUUGGCUUGUGCUGUGCCCAGGACCCUGAUGCGUGCAGCCCAUGUCAGCCCGCUUCAGGGAAGUAGACAUGAUGGUACUGGAGUGUCUCAGCUGGAGCAGGGGGCAGAUCUUCCUUCCCUGCUGCCAGUCAUCUUGUCCUGAGCUCAGCCAGUCCUCAGCACCCUCAGCUUCAUGCCAGGAUUGUGUUGCUCCCUGGUCCCCAUGUCCUCCCAAGCUGCAUUUUGAGAUCAGAAGCAAGGGAAGCAAAGAGCCCUCAGCAGCAGUCCCUGCAGGGCUCCUUGUGCUGCUGGAUUGCUGCCCAGCAACUGUGCUGGUUAAGGAGCCACUGCUAGCAGUGUUACUAUAGGGGCAAGCAAUGAAACUGGAGAAGGUUUUUGCUGAGGGAGUGAAAGAACAGGGACAGGAGGCACGAAAGAGCCUACAUGAAUUUGUUUCCUGCAUGGUAGAGUUGGUGGGAGAUGAAGCUGGAUCUAUGCUACAGGGACGAGAGAUGGUGCCCCAUUAAUGUGGGUGUGUGAGUGAAGGGGAAGGAAUGCUGCGGAGGAGUUUGGGAAGGUGAGGGGGUAAGAGGAGGUUGCACAGUAUGGCCAGGCAUGGGCAGCUCCUUGCACGCACUGGGGUCUGUGGAACUGUGGGGGAGGGUUGGUCUUUGCCUCAGGCAGACAGAGGGUGCUGGGCACUGCCUGCUCCUCUCCUGGGCUGUGAAGUGGAUGGGGAGGUGCAAAUGGACAUGGAGUGAGAGCCAGGGAAGACAGCACAGGGAGGAGGAAUCCUCCUUCCCUCAUUGCCUGGUUCUAGAGCUCUUUGGUACAGCUAGCAGGUACCAAAGGCUUUCUGGUGCUCUCAAGUCAUAUUUUUGAGUAUUUCCCUGCACCACUGCUACUGCCAGUUCCCUGCUUGGCUUUACAGAUGAACCAUCCCAUUUCCAUGCAGUCGCUUGCCCCCAGACCACUGCUGGCAAUGGCUGUGUGCACAGACAGACAUGCACAGCCUCUCCAUGGGAAGCAAGAUCUCCUCCUUCCCUAGCUGCUGCAGGCACAGUGUAUGUUCAUACUCCCCAGAAGGGGUCAUACUGCAGGGUGACUUGGUGGCUGUGUAGACCAUCACCUGGCUGGGGUAACCCUGCUCCCAGGUAGGGUCUGGAUUCAUGCUGGUUGCUUCAGGGUGCAUGCUGACACCAGCAUGGAGAAAGGGGGCUCUGCACCCCUCUGGAAGGUGACAGAAGUCAUGAGAGACUGCAAGGAACUGCCUGGUGCAGGGGUCAGUGCCUGUAUUCAGCUGGAAUGGGAGAGGUGGGCAGUCUACAAAGGGAGCUGGUGGGUGGCACAGGUGACAGACAACUGUGUAUGUGGGCGCUUUCAUGUGUGUGGUUUUCACUCUUCAGAAGAGUGAAUCCAGAAUGACAGGGCCUCCACCAGUCCCUAGGAGGACGGCAGAUGUCCUUGAGAACCUCCAAAGGAGUCAGAGCUUCUCCCUGUUCUGCAGACACGCUUAUCAGUCACCCACCGCUGCAGCCUCUGAGAGUAUGGCUGAAGGGGUGCAAACCAGAGCCCUGACGUUCCCUCUGCUCCAUAUGAAAACAUAGGGAGACAGGAUUGGCAUGGUUGUCUUCCACAUCUUCCACUUCCACUCUCCUGUCCUGCUUCUGCUUUGCUUCACUGCUUGCCUGCUGCUUUCCCUUUUGCCAGCUGUCUCUGCUUGAUCUGCCUGCAUCUAACCCCUGGCUGUGUAUCUCCCAGACUCAAGCUCUUGCUCCACUCCAGUGUUUGAUCCUGCUGUGAGGAAGGUCCAUGGUUUCCUUCUGCUCCAUCCCCCUCAGGGCUGAGGAGCAGGGUGUGGGUGAGAGCCCAGGGGGAGCAAGGGCUGUGCUGUGCACCGUCCACCCCAUGAGGAGGUGGGCACUGCAGGUAGCAGAGCUUGUCAGGAGCUAGAGAGUCCUAGUGGGAAGGAUGUGUUCUCUGAUGGGAUCUUGUGUCAGCACCAAGGGGCAUGUGGGGAAUGUGGAGGUCAAAGGCAGCCUUGGCUGCUGUGACCUGAGAUGGUGGAAUUCUUAAGAUUGUUAGGCCAGGGAGGGGAGUGAAAAGCUCUCUUUGUGGGUCUGUUGGAAGAACCCUGUGGUUUGUGGCCUUUGAGGGAAGAGGAGCCUGACAAAGCUGGUUAAUACUCAAGGAUCACCUCCUCCAAGCUCAAGAGUGGUCCAUCUCAACAAAGAGAAAGUCAGGCAAAAAUGGAUGAGCAAGAAACUCCUGGACAU